AAUAAAGAUGAGAUGAAAUUGAAGAUAUUUGAAUUGGGUUAGAUGAUCGGAAAAAGCAGAGGCGAGUAAUGGGGGUGGCGUGGUUAUUGGUGUGCCAUGGUUUGGUGACUGCUCUGGUUGUUAUCUCCUUCCUCUGCGGUCGAUGGCCAAUCUUCGAAGGCACUAUCAUUCAACGCAUUCACUACUUCCUUACUUACGGCGCAUACGAUUACUUUCUGCGCUUCAUUGACGCUGUUUUUGGCUCCAAGUGUACGGAUGCGAUUCUCUCCGUCGAAUAUUACUGCUGCGAUCGUCCAAAUCCUCUUCUACAGAUUAUAUAUAUCGUGAUAAUUGGCGUAACAUAUUAUUUCAUUGCCAAGUCUUGCUUUGUCUAUAUCCCUGGAUACUAUUUAAGUGGAAUUCACAGGUACACAAGCUUCCUGGCAGUUGCUGUUGGAAUUCUGCUCUUUCUUUUGACCAGCUUUUCUGAUCCAGGGACAGUAAAUGCCAAUAAUGUUUCUCAGUAUCUUUCUGCUUAUCCCUAUGAUAAUAUCAUUUAUGCAGAGAAAGAAUGUUCCACUUGCAAAAUUCCAAAACCUGCUAGGUCAAAGCACUGCAGCAUUUGUGAUCGCUGUGUUGCACGAUUUGAUCAUCACUGUGGAUGGAUGAACAAUUGCAUAGGGGAGAAAAACACUCGAUAUUUCAUGGCUUUUCUUUUAUGGCAUUUCCUUAUAUGCUUAUAUGGAACGGUUGCCAUCAGCUUAGUUCUUGCUGGAAGACUGAAAGAAUUAAGAGUUGUUGAUAUUCUAACAGUUUACUAUGGAAUAGAAAAUUCUUUUCUGGAUUUAGCUCCUCAUGUUGUGCAGUGGUUGUUGGGAUCAUAUAACACUCAGAUUCUUCUUAUGGUGUUCCUUGCCAUUGUUGGGAUGCUGUUAGCUGGUUUUUUUGGUUACCAUGCAAAGCUUUGCCUUAGCAACACUACCACUAAUGAGACCUUUAAGUGGCAGGAGUACAUGGACUGGCAAAGGAAGCUAAAAGAAGCAAAGGUCAGUGCUGAAGCGCUAAGACAAAGUAUCAGCGGAAUGAGCAGUGAAAAACAGCCCCAUUUGAGCAAAUGGAGAUCCUUCUUUAGAAAAUCACCUCUAGAAGAUGUCGCAGUUGUUAAAAAUAAUGUUUACGAUAAAGGUUUCUUCCACAAUAUUAACGAGGUUAUUUCCCCUUUCUCCACAAGGCGGUCCUUUACGCGAAACAAAUUGAAGUCCGGUUGAGUAUGCUCCUAACAUACGAGUCUUUCUAAUUAUUGAAGGUCUUGGUGGCUAGUUGCACAUAAAUGGAGUGAGUAGCAUGUCUAUACAUUUCUUUAGAUCACCCAAUAAAUCAUUGUGAAAAUGAGAAAUAUGAUAUUAAGUUUAUCUUUCUAUUUAAAGAGCUCGGAACUAGUUGUAGGGUGAGAAUUGUUUAUUUGAUAGUCCUUGUGUCUACUGUUUUUUUUUUUUUUUUGGUUGGUUGUGUUGUACCAUUUCAUAUUAGCAAAAGUAGAAAGGAUUAGACAUUUUAACUUUUUUUUGUUUUGUUAGUCAUCCAUGGGCGGUGGGCACGGAGAGGCUGCUAUUAGCUAUUACAUUUACUUUUUGUUCCACAGACCAACCUUUUAUUUGAUCUGAUUACAUGAUUUUUAUUUAUUUAUUUAUUUAUUUUGGG